UUCAAACGGUUUUCGAUUGUGUAAUGUUUUAGAGCGUUUGUCAAAUUUAUAAAACUUUUUAUGAAAGUGAAGUUUUUUCCUAAUUAUGUCCAAUUUUAAUUAUAAUGUAUUUCUUCCGAAAGUUAUUGCAAUAUCAAAUUCUUCUAUUAAUAGUAUCAAAGAUGAUUUCAAGGCCAUGUUUCAGUGUUUUGAUAAGUUAGAGGAAGACUUACAAAAUGCGUCGGCAAGAGCGCGGGAUAAGUCCCAAAAGGAUAAAAAUGCUGCAAAGACCCUUCAAAGCAUAAAUGAGGACGACACGGAAUCACCCAAGAUACUGGAUGACAAAACAAAACAUUCAAGUGAGUCGAGAACAUCAACUGAGAGCAGUACAGAACGCAGGGGCUCCAAAAAGCGCAGCAAACAUGAAGUGGAGGGUAUGGAGAGUCCAGAACAAGAGAAGCGCCAGAAGAGGAAUGCUAGUGUUAAAGCGCAGAGCAUUAUUACUAAACAGGUGAAUGUGAAUUUAACCCAAAAACUCCGUCGCGAGAACUCUUUGGAGAAGGGCAGGCGACGGCGUGGCAAAAAUGAUGAUAAAGAGAAUGCCGAACCCUUGCCUGUAAUACAAGUAAAACAAGAGAAAAUAUCCAUUCCACCGGAGCCGGAGCCAAUGGAUGUGAGCAGUCCGGAAGCCUCGCUGGCGCCCGACGUGGCCGUGAAGCAGGAAUCCAAAGACGACCUGGCCAUGCCCCCGCCCGCCGCGCCCGGGCCCAAGUCCCGCAAAGGAAUACAGAAAGAGAAGUCUGAAGACUCCACAGACGAUGAAGCCACGGGUGUGCGACGAACUACCUCGCAGCGAAGCAGGCGCACGCGAAAACAGACUGACACGGCGCCCGCUCAGCCUGCGUCCAAUAGAUCGGUUCGGGCCAGCUCUCGCGCUACCAAACAAGCAGACGUCGAAGACAAUCCUGCGCCCUCACCUGUGGAACCGCGACCGAAGCGGACGAGAGCUAAAAAGGUAGCAGACACAUUGAAUACUGACGUUCAGCAAGAGAGCCAAUCCUCAGUAGAAAACGCAACAGCUUCGCCAGCUGAGAAACCCAGACCCAAACGUACUAGGCGGGCGCAAAAGGCUGCGGAAAAGGAAGCGGAAAAAGUACCUGAACCUACCCAAACAGAGGUUAUAUCACCCAAGGACGAGCGAAUAUCGCAACCGGAAAUGAAAUCACCUUUAUUGCCAGUAAAAAGUACAAAACAUAAAACUAACACAGAAAAGACUAAACUACAAGAACCUACUAAUGUUCCACAAAAUAAUGUUACAAAAAUAUUAAAUAAUAACUAUGACUCAUUAGACGUUGAAAAAAUACAAACUAAAAAUGCAAAGGACCACAGACAUUAUGAAGACGACACUGCAAAAUAUAUAGAGACGCAUGCAAAGACCGAAAAUCAAAAGACAAAGAAUAAAACGAAUAAUCAAGAUGUGAAAGAAUUAAAUGCCAAAAAUCAGACUAACUCAAGUAAGAAAGAGACAAUAUCAAAUGAAGAUGUCACAGAUAAUGUAGAGUUGGAUAAAAUGAAAGUUGCAGAGCAACUAGACGCGACUGUGACGAUAUCAAAGGAUUUGGACCAAACGGUUGUUCUUCCUAACGGAGUUUACAAUCAUGCUCCUAUCACGCCUAAGACUGUGCGCGCAAUGAACGAGACAGUUGUCCUAGAGCAUGGUCGUGAGACGAUUGUCCUGGACAAACAACACGCACUCAUGAACUCCACUGUCGUACUUGACAAAGUGGACACAAAGGCGACAAAUCUGACGGACGACAAUUCCCUAAUAACGGACGACAGUGAUGUAGCGGAAAAUACGCCGCCCAAGAAACCACCUGUGAUGCAGCCCACGUCUGCCGUCAAGGAAAAAGUACAACAGUUCGAAGAAAUGGCUUCAAGGGUUACGAGAACAAAAACGCGGGCGAUGGCAAAGAAGGAUGAACCACCAGAAGAGCAAACCCCUCCUGAUAAGGUGUCCAAAGUGAUACUGUCCAGUGAAACCCUCACUAAGAUGAACAGUAUGAUAUUUAACGGAAAACCGCCAUUGGUAUCAAAAUCAGCCUCCAAACCACAAGCUAACGUCGUGUCUUCAGCAAAACCUCUAAUCACCGCGUCCGCGUCCAAACUGAGCGGCAUCAAUAAGGCGCGCGAGGCUGACGAGCUGCGGAGAGAGAGAGAAGACGCCAGAAAGAAGAAGGAAGCCAUCCUUGAAGCUAAGCGGGAGCAGCAGAAGAAAAAACGCGAAGAGAAAAUGGCGGCCGCGGCGGCGGCUAGAGAAGCCGCAGAAAAAGAGAGGCGCGCGGCCAUGGAGGCGGCGGCGCGAGACCGCAUGGAGAAACAGGCGCACGCCGACCUCGGCAAGCUUGAACGGCUCAAGGAGGCCGAGAGGAAACGGCAAGAAACCGCGCGCAAAGUGGCAGAGACGGAAGAGAGGCGGAAGGCAGAGGAGCAAGCGAGACAACAGAGGCUGGUGGACGAACAGAGACGAGCCGAAGCGAUGCGCCGGAAACAGCUCGAAGAGGCAGAAGCAUUAAAAAAAGAAGCGGCCAUGAUGCAGAAAGACAUCGAGAGGAAACAAAAAGAAUUUAUGGAGAGGCAGAGAAUGAAACAGAGAAUGGAGGGAGAUAAAAUUUUGACCCCUCUCAAAUCCGGGUCCCCGUACGCACCCAUGGAGCCAGUGUACAUGCUUGAUGGCUUCCAAUACCUCAACUCCGAUGAGGACGAAGACGAAGAUACGCCAGCGAUACCCACGCCUGCAUGGUCAACUUCCGAGAUGCGGCGGCGCCAGCUGAGCGUGCAGGACCGCGUGGCCGGGGCGCUCGUGGGCGCGCUGUUCUCGGUGCGCGAGCACUCGCCCGACCUGCGCGACAUCUUCCCCAACAUCGAGCGCGCGCGCCUCAAGCGCACGUCGUCCGCCGUGUGGCGCACGCCGCCCGCGCGCCUGCCCGUGCUGCGCGAGUGACGUCACGACAAUUGGACACCACAGUACUCGCGUCGCGGGCGGCGAAUUGUAAAUACUGUUAUGUUACUGUAAUUAGUACUAUGAUCGUGAAGUAUGUAGCCGUGACAUUUAAUAAACGUUUUACUAUCGAGUUUAUGUUAUUAUUAUAGCUAGCAUAUGAUACACUCACUAGUGGUACAAAUGCGUCCCAACGGGUCACGUCCCACGGGUGGAAAACGGGUGCGCCACAACACGCUGACGUGCCAGAAGUGCUUAUAAAGUAAAAACCUGUUUAAUAGGCAUAAUAUUACCGCUUGGUUCGGCAAUAUUAUAUUAUGUAUACAUUUAUUAGUAUUAAGAUCGACCUGUGUGCCGUCACGGAAAACGGCAUAAAGUUGAAAUUGAACAGUGAAAUCAGCCCUUAAAUUCAUUUUACCUGGUACACGCGGCGUAGUUGGGUGAGUUUUCGCCAGCGCGUUUCUACCAUGAAUCUCGUAUCAUCAUCGUUUCAAACGUUAUCGGCUUUAAAAACUGUAAUUACUAGUGAAAUAACAACCGUAAUUCAUUACUUAAAUUAAUUAAACGUUAAUUAUUAUAUUAUGCCGUUUGUGUUGUAGUUUAAAUAUUCGUGAAGAAUAUUAGAUUAAUUAUUAUGUUAAUUUUUUUUUAUUAAUAUUGGAAUAAAAAUAUGUAAUUAAUCAUGACUUUGUUUUAAAUUAUAUGAUUUUCAAAGAACUAAACUGGCUUCCAUGUGUUAUGGUACUAUAUUGAAACUACGCUGUUUACUAAACAAAGGCCAACGAGAGUCAAAGUUUGUUCAAAUGAAUUUUCUCAUUUUGUUAGAGUUUGUUUACUGAUUGACUUGAUUAAUAUUGCACUGAUUGUUCCGUCUCUCAACUCUGAUUUGUUCAUCGGAUCCUUAGAAAUUUUAAAUAGGACCAAUACACUACACAUUCAAAUCAGAAGUUAUAAUGUAUAAAGAAACUAACAAACAUACUGGUGAACCCUGUAAAACAUAUUACACUCUUUUUGGGUAUUUUUAUAAAAACUUGCUUCAAUUAUACUUUAAAUAACUAUCUUAGUAAAUAUCUAAUGUUCUAAGUUAAUAGUCAAUCUAAUCCAAAAUUUUCAGAUGAAUUUAAUAGGGCUAUCCCAUAUCUACAGAGAAGAGUAGGAAAAGCACUAUUUAAUUAAAUUUGUUAUCUGAAUCAUUUUUGAUUGGGCAGUUAUUUCGAUCAGUUUUUAAAAUGUCUGCGUUCAAUCUUUUGUUCACCAUGUCCACCACAAGACCACAAUUAUUUUAAUUCGAAUUCUUGACAUUAUUGUACAUAGAAAUUUAUGUUACGAGUAACAAUUGUACCACUAAGUUCCUAAAACUUGGUAUUACACUUGCAAAUUUUAAAAGAAAAUCAGAAGACUUCAGUAUUAACAAACAAUAACUAAAAAGUUUUCUGUAGAAUUGUGAAACAAAAUUUUAAUGGUGUUUGCUGUAUAAAUACACAUUUAAGCUUGAUAACUGCAGAACCGAUUUUGAUGAAACUUGCACUCAAGUUAGAGUUAAUGUAAUCCAUUACAAAUAGUCACAAUUUGAUUAAAAGCUUUGCGAAAAUACUUGGACAAACAAACUUUCAUAUAUUUGUUAUUCAUAUAUCACCCCUUUUAAAUCUGCUAAAUAUAUCCUCUAAAUGCCAUCAUGUAUAUUCAAUCACUAUGAGUUGUUAUUUAAAUAGAACUCUAAUUAUAUUACAAUAAAGUGUAUUUCAUUUCAUUCAUUCAUUAUAUUCGCUAAUGAUACUUUUGUCAUCUGUGUGGCCACAGGAGUAUACCACAGUAUUACUCAAUACUUCUUUGAACGAAAUGUAACUUAAUAUAUUAACGAUUUAUUGCAAUGUAUUUAAGUUUGUAUUAAAUAUUGUUAUCUUUAGAUUUUGCUGUUUGUCAAAUGUAAUCAUAGAUAUAUUUUGAAUUUAAGUGCUUUUUGAUGUGCGAACAAAACUAAUAUCGGAAUUAAUGCGGUAAUUAAUUAUAGCUGUUAAUUCAGUAAUGAAAUAGCCAACUACCAUAUGUUUCUAUCUCAUUCUCACAAUAUUCAAUAUAUCGAUUGUGUGAAUGAGAUAGCAUAUCCGCCGCCUUUGAUAAAUUAAUUAUUUAAUGGCAUCGGUUAAAACACUGGUUACUAGUUAUUACUGUGAGUGAACAACUGAUCAAGUUCUGGAAAUCAUUGGCAACCCCAUUAUAGUAGAGUAGUGAGACAAGAUCACUGAAUUUAGAAUAAAUAAAACUUUUAUAUAAGACUGGUUUGUAUGUAGUGCAUACAGGUACGUAUGUAAUGCAUACAUAAUAAAUAUGAUAGAUAAAUAAACAAUUACAUUGACA